CCCUGAAAGCAAACGUCGCCUGGAGACCAUUUGACAAGAAUUUAUUUCGUCUAGCCGCUAUCAGCGCGCCUCUCCUGCCGGUGCAACAGGUGAUUACACGCGUUCGGCAAAUAUCGUCCAAUUAAACGUCCCUGGCAUCGCCGUUUGCCCGACACUCGUCACUUUCUCUCGUCGAUGCCUGCCGAUUCUCCAAACCAUUCGGCAAAUUUCCUGACUACGUCACAAACGUUGUCCACGGGGCAAUUCGCGCUCGUCGAUCAACCGACGAACGAACGAACCGCGUCAAUUGAGAACUAAUCCUACCUCUAUACCGCUGGCACUGUGCUACCAACGCUCGAAUUCGAUGUACAGUGUAACACGUGUUUGGAGGGCGAGCCGUAGGAUCACGUGUCGGGAGUCGAGUGAAUUAUUGUCUCUGUUGUGAAAUUUGUGGACAGUUGUGGCAGUUGGUGGUGUGUUACUCCGAGUCGAUAGAGAUGGUGUAGUGCGAUGAAAGUUUGGGCGAACAUUUGUAGAACUGUUCGAAAGUGUCCUCCAGAGUGGACAAAGUUGAUGGGAAUUAGUGCUAGAACUGAAGGGUCCGGAGAGCACGAAGGCGAGAAGAAAUGAGUUGGACGUGACACAAUGACAUGAUGAAGAGCCUGGUGGGGAUCAUGUGGAUAGUGUUGGUGCUCAUAUCAGGAUGCUCAGGAAAUCCAGACGCGAAACGAUUGUACGACGACCUCCUGUCGAAUUACAACAAGCUGGUUCGUCCAGUGGUCAACGUCACAGACGCCCUCACCGUUAAAAUCAAGCUCAAACUCUCGCAGUUGAUCGAUGUUAAUCUCAAAAAUCAAAUCAUGACGACGAACCUCUGGGUCGAACAGUCAUGGUACGAUUACAAGUUAAAGUGGGAUCCAAAGGAAUAUGGUGGGGUGGAGAUGUUGCACGUGCCAUCCGAUCAUAUAUGGAGGCCCGAUAUAGUUUUGUAUAACAAUGCCGACGGUAAUUUCGAGGUGACGCUGGCAACGAAGGCGACGUUAAAUUACACUGGAAGGGUCGAAUGGAAGCCACCGGCCAUAUACAAGUCUUCCUGCGAGAUCGACGUAGAAUACUUCCCGUUCGACGAGCAGACGUGCGUCAUGAAGUUCGGCUCGUGGACUUACGAUGGCUUCCAGGUCGAUCUACGGCACAUCGACGAGAUCCGUGGCAGCAACGUCGUAGAUAUCGGCGUCGAUCUGUCGGAGUUUUACACUUCCGUCGAGUGGGAUAUCCUCGAAGUCCCAGCCGUGAGAAAUGAAAAAUUUUACACGUGCUGCGACGAGCCCUACCUCGACAUCACGUUCAACAUCACCAUGAGACGGAAGACUCUGUUUUACACUGUCAACCUUAUAAUACCGUGUAUGGGCAUCUCGUUUCUCACGGUGUUGGUCUUCUAUCUGCCAAGCGACAGUGGCGAGAAGGUCAGCCUAUCAAUUUCGAUUUUACUGUCGCUGACUGUGUUCUUCCUCCUGCUGGCCGAAAUUAUCCCGCCCACGUCGCUCGUGGUACCGCUUCUCGGUAAAUUCGUCCUCUUCACCAUGAUCUUAGACACCUUCAGUAUAUGCGUAACCGUGGUAGUCCUUAAUGUUCACUUCCGGUCACCACAGACGCACGUGAUGGCACCGUGGGUCCGUCGUGUUUUUAUCCAUGUUCUGCCAAGACUACUGGUGAUGCGCAGGUAUAAUACGUCUUCGAAGAGAUCCGAUUACGAUUCCAGGCCGCAGUACCAGAUAGACAAACGUACCAUGGGUGCCCAUCACGGCCAACGCGUGAUGGUCAGAACGUGCAAUGGUCUCGAAUUACGAGACCCAUCUCUCUUCGUAGAGACUUCGGCUUCGGAGUUGGUUGAGUCCUCCGUUUUGUUCCCGAGUCUCGAUUCGCGGGACGAAUUACACCCUCGGGAAUUAGAAGCUGUGAAUUUAGGAAGUGCGUGUCGCAUUCACGGUUCACCAGCAACCACGGCUGCUCCUCCACCGCAACUGCCGACCGAGGAGAGCGUGGACGCUCUCUGUAACACUCUUCAUCAUUGGCAUCACUGCCCAGAGCUAUAUAAGGCUAUUGAAGGCAUUCGUUUCAUAGCUGACCAUACGAAAAGAGAAGAGGACUCUACCAGAGUCAAAGAAGAUUGGAAAUACGUCGCGAUGGUGCUUGACAGGUUAUUCCUGUGGAUUUUUACACUAGCCGUAGUCGUCGGCACGGCAGGUAUCAUCCUGCAGGCACCAACGCUCUAUGACGAUCGCAUCCCCAUUGACGUGCGACUGUCCGAGAUCGCUUCCACCACUGCCAAGCCACACAUCGUCACAAGCCUCUGAGAGACAAUUGUUCAAUUUCGUUACCUUCACGUACGACGCAUGCUCGCAUACACAUGCGUUACACACGUACAUACAUAUACAAUGUAUUACGCAACAACGUAAGAACAAAUUAUGAAAAUGCGUUCACGUUGACCAGGGACUCUUUUGCAGAGAAUACCCACGUGCUGUCAAUCAUUUCGAUGGUACAUAUAGGUUGUACGGAAAGUCUGUUAGCGUUAAUCGACAUUGAUAACCUUCGGCUGCCAUUUUGCUAGAUCCGAAGGAGUUGGUAUCGUUCAAAUAUUUCUAUAUAGUCCUAUCAUUAUAAUACUUCCACUUCUAUCGCUUGAAUUCUGAAUUAAUUAUAUUAUCGGUGUCAGUUCUUUAAUUCUCGCAACCGUUUGCAAUUUUUCAUUUGAAAGUAUACAUUUACAGAUUUAUUGGUUUGUAAUACGAGAACGAUAAAUAUACGUUUGAAUAGACAUUGGUAAAUGUAUGCAAUUCAUUCAUUUUAUUCGAAUUUAAGAAAUUUCGAUAUAUUUGCGAACACGAUUGAAAAAACAGAGGUUUCUCGUCCCUGGUGUAAACGAUUGAAAGACUGAAGCCUCGAUGAGAGAAAGGGAGUCUUCGAUUUUUCGCGCGAAUUAUACGACUAACGGCCAAUUAACUGCUAUUCCCCUGCUCAAGGCGAGGAUUCUCAAAUCAUACGCACAUCAGCGAUCAGAACGUAGGAAUAACACUAACGAAAAUGGACGACAAUUAGAUAAAAUGGAAAUGAAAUAAAUGUAAUUGAACAUAUUUCUUGACCUUGAUUGCACCCUUGAAAGUCAUAUUUCUAAAUGAUAAUAUUAUGUUUCUUCAGUUCUCAUGUAAAAGAUUAAAAUACUUGCAAAGGACAAGAAAUAUGUUUUUGCAUGAACGUUGAAGGCAAAUGAUUUUUGACUCGUGGUUUUAUUGUUCAUAUUACAAACGAACGAAAGACAUGUAGAGAAAUCAGGUUGUUGAUACAUGUACACAACGUAGAAUUAAUGUGGAGAGACCUAAGAAGAGUUCGAGUUUAUGCCAGUUGCAUUCACAGUACAAUUGUGAUUCUUUAACGGUAUAAAAUUAACAAACGAAUUACAUUCGAGGUCAUUUCUAAGAACGAUCGUGAACAAUAGUCAUAAAAAAAAGUUAAACAUACAAUAUAAAUAUUAAUUUGUUAUUUAAGUGUUUAAGGAAUCACUGAUGUUCCGUCACCCUUGAAGAACGCCUCAAAGAACGCAAUUUUGCCAUUGAAUCGCAUUAAAGUGUUCUCGUGUCUCGUUACACACAGCGAAGAAAAAAUGUGGGACCGAAGUGUUAUAUUUUAGACACAACAUAGUUUCGAAUCGAAACGAGUUUUAAAACGGAGAACGAUCAACGACGUACCAAAGCAAUUGUUAAAGUAAUGGAAAAAGGAUCACAAUAAUUAAUGUAGAUGGCAUGGAAUUUGACAAAGCCUGUUGCAGACUCAGGAAAAAAAGGAAAAGAAUGAAAGGAAGAAGAUAUUGAACAGUUUCCGAAGUUUACAUUGAGCCUGUAACAAUGGGGCCAUAUUUUCACAGAAUAAAAAGAAAAGAAAAGAAUAGAGAACAAAGUCGCGUGUCUCUCUAGUUGUGAAGCUGCAAAUUCUAAAAAUCUGGAUUCACGUACGACGAGCAAAUUGACGUAAGAGAAGAAGAAGAAGCGUUAGGCCUAAGAAAGUUUCACCGACUCAACUUUUAUUGCUCAUAAUACGUAAUAUGUUCGUAAUAAGAUACACUUUCGUAAUUACGUUCGUUCCAGUAUCACCGACGAACCGUGAGAAAUUUAUUAGACAUAUUAACAUCGCGUACAUGAAAAGACAAGAAAACAAGAUGAAACGCACGAAAAAAACGAAGUAAUAUGAAAACAAUUGCAACUGUUUAUUAUUGCAAUCGCGUUCAGAAUAAUUUACUGUCUUCCUAAGCUACGAAAAUUAACGACUUACUUUUGAUGGACAACAGUCGCGUGUUUCCGGUUCACUGUUGUUCCCUCUUAAUACAGAUGCGAAAAAUAAACGAAAAGAAAAAAUAAUAAUAAAAAAAAAAAAAUGGAAAUAAGUAGAGCCGAGUAAUUGGUAAAAUGACUAGUUAAGUAUAUAUGAAUAGCCAGGAUUUUACGUCUUAAAAAAAAAAACGAAGCAACGAUCCGCUGCUUAAAAAUCCUUUCGAAGAGACUCUUUUUGGCCGCUGAUCGUAGACUUUCCAACCAGUCCUAAUACUUUGAAAAACCUCGGCUCGUAGUGUGUAUCAUGACGAACCAUAAAUGCCUGCCACCAGUAGUCAACAAACACACCGACAAAGAAGAACAUUUUGACAAUUUUGUAUGCACUACUCCGAAAAAACUAAUUAAUGAGAAUUACUCGACGAUACAAAUUCUUCUAGCGAAUUUUAUUAUUAUUAUCGUUUGUAAUACACGGGAGUUUCUUUUGGAAACGAUAAAAUUAGGAAAAAAAUUUUGAGAGAACGAAAGAAACAAAAAUUAGCUUGUGGUUGGCGCGGUCAUCGCAUAGAUAUGAAUUUUACAUGUGGACCCUGUGUUUCUGAAUAUUUUUUUAUUUUAAUUGUUUGUCGUUUGAGAGAGAGAGCAUGAUAGAGAGAGAGAGAGAGAGAGAGAAAGAAAGAAAGAGAGCGUGAAAGUUAUACGCGUGAAUGUGUGAAGAGUAUUAAUGAAACAAAAAAAAAAACAAAAAG